GGGGGCGGGGGGACAGGAUGGAGCCAAGCCAGACAGAAAAGAAGGUUUCGGAUCUUAGUGAAUCUCAGCGAAACAAGGUUCAUUCGCUGUUCAAGGUCCCUUUUCUUCACAAGAGCGAAACCGGGGCCGACGAAAAUGACGAAUCAAGAACCGGUGACACCAUAUCUCAGGUGUCCUCCCUCCGCCAAACGCCCUCGUCGAAGAUGGAGUCUUCUUCUAGGGAAGGCAGCAAAUCGGGGACAGGCCGAAAGCUGUUGAACAUGCUGAGAAAAACUCUUAAAGGAAGUGAGAGUAAAGAUUUGGAUGUAGCACAAGACCUACCAUCUUUGGUUCCAUUUGGAGAUGUGGUUGGCUGCCUAGCUGUUCAUAUAAAGAAAUGCAGACAUUUUUCACCCAGGAUCAACUUACAAUAUUAUACAAAUUUAUUUAUUCGCAUCACUAUAAACAAGAUCAUGAAAUGUACUAAAGCUCAUUCCGUGAAUUUCAAGAACAACGAGAAGAAACCUGCAGUUAAGUUUGAUGAAGUGAAAUACUUCUCUGUACAGGUUCCAAGACGUCAAGAUGAUGAAAGAAAUAUGAUUUAUUUGGAACUAAUGGAAUUUGAUGAUUUGGAAGCAUACCCUGUACUGUUGGGAAGUUUUAGCUUACAUCUUUAUGAAAUAAUUCAGAAAGGAUGCUUCACAGAAGAAUUUUAUAUGAAAAUUAGAAACCUGGUUGUCUGCAAGGUUGAAGUGGAGUUUAUGUUUUCUUACGGAAACUUUGGUUAUGGCUUUUCACAUCAGUUAAAACCACUUCAGAAGUUGAUUCAGCCAUCCAUGUUUAUGCAUAUUCCCCCACCUGUAGAAAGAACAGACCCUCUAACAAAUGUUAUCACACCGCAACCAAUAGAAUAUCCAGCAUUCCUAUCACCAGACUUGAAUGUUACUGUUGGGACUCAACAAAAACAGACUAAUGCAUCAUCUCCCGUGCGACUUGAAAAACUUCAGCAACAACCACGUGACAGGCUUGACAGAAUGAAGAAAGAAUACAGAAAUUUGAAAACAUGGGAAGAAAAAUCUAAAUAUUUAGAUCAAAUUCUUCGCAUGAAAACAGAAACAAAAGAAUCUCCUGAUUCCAAGGAUCCUGAAGACAAAGAUGACCUACAAGAAAUGGAUGAGAAUCCACUCCCAGAAAAUUUAUUUCAAACACCAGCAGAUUUGUUAUUUAAAAAGCAGGAAGAUGAACCUCUUCCAUCUGAGUUGCCUGUCAAUAUACCUGAAGUUAAGAGCCCUCCACUGGUAGAAAAGGAAGCGGAGCCUUCAGAUUCAUCUUUGAUUAUUCAAGAAGAUGCUGAAACCAAAAAUGAAAGCCUUCCUCUUGAGGAAAGUACCCCUUUAACUCCUGUUUCAUUAAAAGAGAAAGAUAUUUCUGUAGAAUCUAUAAAUGGAAGAGAUGAUGAGCUAAUACUUGAAAACAUUGAACCUGAAGAAGAAAUGACAGAAAAAGAAAUCUCAGAUUCAGCUUCACUAGUAGUGGAGCCAAAACAGAGCCAAACAGACUCAGAAAAAACGGACUCAAUUCAAUCAGAAACAAAGUUGAAAAGUAUCAUUUUAAGCCCAGAUAGAAAAAAGAAAAGCAUAGAUGAAUCUGUUGCAGACCCAAUGAGACAAGAAAGCAAAAGGAGCUCAGAAUUUCUUCAGGAUCUAAAAGAAGACAUUGAAUCAGGCAUAAAGAUGUCUCUUCCUCGACAUGUUUCCUUUAAUAUUUCAGAUGAAGGUGUAGAAUUACCCUCAAAAACAGAUGAUGUGCUAAAAAUUGAAGAACUUAUUAGCCUGGAUAGAGAUAAAGACAAGGAUGAGAAAAAGGAAAAGGACAAGGAAGGGGUAGAUGAGAAGAAUGAAACUGAAAAUAUUGAAACAGAUGAAGAGAAAGAGAUUAUUAUUAGAAAUACAUAUAUGGAGGAUUUGGAGGACUUCACUUUUAGACCAACACGCCCUGAAAGCAUUCCAAUAUUUCAAGGGUACAACAAACCCAUCCUUAUUCAUAGGGGAAAGUUUGAGCCUUUUUUGAGGAAUAUAACAGAAAUUCCCAUUAAUGAAGACCAUAAAAGAAUUCAAAAUGAACCUGUUUGUACAGUUGUUAAAAAGAAUACAUCAAGUGCAGAGAUUAUAGAACAUGAAGAUCAAGACCCUCCUUAUGCACCAACGUCAUCAAGCAUAACAGUUAAUUCUGAAAAUUCUUCCUGGGACUCAAAUCCUGACAUCUUUACAAUCAAAUCUUUAGACACUGAAGAGAUAGAAAGAGGGCUAUCAAGUCUUUCUUUAGAAAGUUUGGAAGCAGAAACAGCCUUUACUGUAGAUAUAGAUUUGGUUGGAAAAGAACAGGAAAACCUCCUCUCGGAGCUGUUGGAGCUUAAUCCAAGUUUGGAAAAAUUGGAAAAAACAGUGGUUCUAAAAUCAAUUUUAAAUGAUGACUUGAAGGAUCUUUCAGAUGAAUUAUUUUCAAAACAAGGAAUCCUUAUGGAGAUUGAGGCAGAAAGAAAAACCCAGAGUUUGCUGACCUUAGAUGACAAAACAUUAGGUAGUGUAGAGACUGUUGUAUUUGAGAAUGCUCAAAAUGAAAUCAAGAUUGUGCAUAGUGAACAGAUUGAACUUUCUGGGAAGAAAAGUUCAAAAUCUUCAAAAAAAGAUCUCAAGAUUGUGCAGAGUGAACAACUGAGUGAGCUGUCAAGAAAAAAAAGUUCAAGUUCAAAAUCUUCUUUCAAAAAUGGCAUUAAGAAUGUUCACAGUGAACCUUUGAGUGAGCUUUCGGGAAAGAAAAGUUCAAGUUCAAAAUCUUUAAAAAAUGAUCUCAAGAUUGUGCAAAGUGAACAAAGUGUAGUUUCAGGAAAGACAAGUUCAAGUUCAAAAUCUUUCAAAAAUGACUUCAAGUUUGUACAGAGUGAACAAUUCAGUGAACUUUCAAAAGAGCUAAGUUUAGAUUUAAAAUCUUCCCCCAAAAACCUCAAGACUGUGCAGAGUGAACAAUUAAGUGAACUUUCAGGAAAGAUAAGUUCAGGUUCAAAAUUUUCAAAAACUGACCUCAGGAUUUUACAGAGUGAACAGAUUGAACUAUUAGGAAAAAUAAGUUCAAGUUCAAAAUCUUCCAAAACUGACCUCAAGAUUGUGCAGAAUGAACAGCUUGAACUAUCAGGAAAACUGAGUUCAAGUUCAAGUUCAAAAUCUUCCAUGAGUGACCUCAAGAUUGUGCAGAGUGAACAGUUGGGUGAACUUUUAGAAAAGAAAAGUUCAAGUUCAAAAUCUUCCAAAACUAAUCUAAAGAUUGUGCAGAGUGAACAGGUGGGAGAACUUUUAGAAAAAAAAAGUUUGAAAUCUUCCAAAAGUGACUUCAGAAUUGUACAGAGUGAACAGUUGGGUGAGCUUUCAGAGAAGACAAGUUCAGAUUCAAAAUCUUCUCUCAAAACUGACCUCAAAAUUAUGCAGAGUGAAGAGUCAGGUGAGCUUUCAGAAAAGACAAGUUUAGGUUCAAAGCCUUACAAGAGUGAUUUCAGUAUUGUACUGAGUGAACAGUCAAGUGAACAUUUAGGAAAGAAAAGUUCAAUUUCAAAACCUCCCAGAACUGAUUUCAAGAUUGCGCAGAGUGAACAAUUGAGUGAGCUUUCAGAAAAGACAAGUUUAGGUUCAAAGCCUUACAAGAGUGAUCUCAGUAUUGUACAGAGUGAACAGUCAAGUGAACAUUUAGGAAAGAAAAGUUCAAUUUCAAAACCUCCCAAAACUGACUUCAAGAUUCCGCAGAGUGAACAAUUGAGUGAACUUUCAGAAAAGACAAGUUUAGGUUCAAAGCCUUACAAGAGUGAUCUCAGCAUUGUACAGAGUGAACAGUCAAGUGAACAUUUAGGAAAGAAAAGUUCAAUUUCAAAACCUCCCAAAACUGACUUCAAGAUUGCGCAGAGUGAACAAUUGAGUGAGCUUUCAGAAAAGACAAGUUUAGGUUCAAAGCCUUACAAGAGUGAUCUCAGUAUUGUACAGAGUGAACAGUCAAGUGAACAUUUAGGAAAGAAAAGUUCAAUUUCAAAACCUCCCAAAACUGACUUCAAGAUUCCGCAGAGUGAACAAUUGAGUGAACUUUCAGAAAAGACAAGUUUAGGUUCAAAGCCUUACAAGAGUGAUCUCAGUAUUGUACAGAGUGAACAGUCAAGUGAACAUUUAGGAAAGAAAAGUUCAAUUUCAAAACCUCCCAGAACUGACCUCAAGAUUGUGCUGAGUGAAUCUUUAGAUGAGCUUUCAGAAAAGACAAGUUUAGGUUCAAAGCCUGACAAGAGUGAUCUCAGUAUUGUACAGAGUGAACAGUCAAGUGAACAUUUAGGAAAGAAAAGUUCAAUUUCAAAACCUCCCAAAACUGACUUCAAGAUUCCGCAGAGUGAAUCUUUAGAUGAGCUUUCAGAAAAGACAAGUUUAGGUUCAAAGCCUGACAAGAGUGAUCUCAGUAUUGCACAGAGUGAACGGUCAAGUGAACAUUUAGGAAAGAAAAGUUCAGUUUCAAAACCUCCCAGAACUGACCUCAAGAUUGUGCUGAGUGAAUCUUUAGAUGAGCUUUCAGAAAAGACAAGUUUAGGUUCAAAGCCUGACAAGAGUGAUCUCAGUAUUGUACAGAGUGAACAGUCAAGUGAACAUUUAGGAAAGAAAAGUUCAAUUUCAAAACCUCCCAGAACUGACCUCAAGAUUGUGCUGAGUGAAUCUUUAGAUGAGCUUUCAGAAAAGACAAGUUUAGGUUCAAAAUCUUCCAAGAGUGACCUCAAGAUUGUACAGAGUGAACAGUUGAGUGAACAUUUAGAAAAGAAAAGUUCAAUUCCAAAACCUUCCAAAACUGACCUCAAGAUUGUUCAGGGUGAACAGUCAGGUGAACUUUUAGAAAAGAAAAGUUCAAGUUCAAAACCACCCAAAACUGACCUCAAGAUUGUGCAAGGCGAACUGCUAUGUGAACUUUUAGAAAAGUCAAGUUCCAGUUCAAAAUCUUCCAAAACUGACCUCAAGACUGGACAGAGUGAACAACUGAGUGAGCUUUCAGAAAAGACAAGUUUAGGUUCAAAGCCUUACAAUAGUGACCUCAGUAUUAUACAGAGUGAACAGUCAAGUGAAUAUUUAGGAAAGAAAAGUUCAAUUUCAAAACCUCCCAGAACUGACCUCAAGAUUGUGCUGAGUGAAUCUUUAGAUGAGCUUUCAGAAAAGACAAGUUUAGGUUCAAAAUCUUCCAAGAGUGACCUCAAGAUUGUACAGAGUGAACAGUUGAGUGAACAUUUAGAAAAGAAAAGUUCAAGUUCAAAACCACCCAAAACUGACCUCAAGAUUGUGCAGGGUGAACUGCUAUGUGAACUUUUAGAAAAAUCAAGUUCCAGUUCAAAAUCUUCCAAAACUGACCUCAAGAUUGUUCAGGGUGAACUAUUAUGUGAACUUUUGGAAAAGAGCAGUUCAAGUUUAAAAUCAUCCAAAACUAACCUCAAAAUUGUGCAGAGUGAACAGUCAAGUGAACUUUUAGAAAAGAAAAAUUCAAGUUCAGAAUCUUCCAAAACUGAUCUUAAAAUUGUGCAGAGUGAACAGGUGGAAGAACUUUUAGAAAAGACAAGUUCCAGUUCAAAGUCUUCUAAAACUGACCUUCAGAUUGUGCAGAAUGAACAGUUAGCUGAGCUUUCAGAAAAGACAACUUCAAGUUUAAAAUCUUCCAAAACUGACCUCCAGAUUGUGCAGAAUGAACAAGUGGGUGAACUUUUAGAAAAGACAAGUUCCAGUUCAAAACCAUCCAUAACUGACCUCAAGAUUGUGCAGGAUGAACUGCUAUAUGAACUUUUAGAAAAGUCAAGUUCCAGUUCAGAAUCUUCCAAAACUGAACUCAAAAUUGGACAGAGUGAACAAUCAAAAAAGAAAAGUUCCAGUUCAAGAUCUUCCAAAACUGACCUCAAGACUGGGCAGGGUGAACAAUCAAGUGAACUUUUAGAAAAGAAAAGUUCCAGUUCAAGAUCUUCCAAAACUGACUUCCAGAUUGUUCAGAGUGAACAAUUGUGUGAACUUUUAGAAAAGAAAAGUUCAAGUUCAAAAUCUUCCAAGAGUGACCUCAAGAUUGCACAGGGUGAACAGUUGUGUGAACUUUUGGAAAAGAAAAGUUCAAAUUCAAAAUCUUCCAAGAGUGAUCUCAAGAUUGUGCAGAAUGAACAAUUAUGUGAACUUUUAGAAAAGAAAAGUUCCAGUUCAAAAUCUUCCAAAACUGACCUCAAAACUGUGCAGCACAGUGAACAGGUGGCUGAACUUUUAGAAAAGAAAAGUUCCAGUUCAAAAUCUUCCAAAACUGAACUCAAGACUGGGCAGAGUGAACAGUUGUGUGAACUUUUAGAAAAGAAAAGUUCAAGUUCAAAAUCUUCCAAGAAUGACCUCAAGAUUGGGCAGGGUCAACAAUUGUGUGAACUUUUAGAAAAUCAAAGUUCAAGUUCAAAAUCUUCCAAGAAUGACCUCAAAAUUAUGCAGGGUGAACAGACUGAGACAAGAAGUUCAAGUUCAGAGUCUAUUAAAAAAGACACCAGGAUUGUGCAGAGAAGGCAGUUAGAUGAACGUUCAGGAAAGACAAGUUCAAGUUCAAAAUCUUCUUUGGAAAAUGAUCUCAAGAUCCUGAAUAAUGAGCGGAAUGAUCUUUCCCUAAGGAAAAUUUUGAGUUUAAAUUCCUUUUCAAAAGAAAUACUGAAGGAUGAUCCAAUGGAAGUAUCUUCUGGAAGUCAAAUAGAAGAAAUAACAGAGAAAAUGGAAAACUUCUAUAUUCCUAUGACAUAUGAUGAACCUGAAGAUCAGCUAAGUAUAAUGGAUGAAGAUUUCUCAAAUGGAAGGAAACAUAGUUUCAAAAAGAAGCACCCAGAAGAAUAUUUUCAGAAAAAUUCAGAAGAAGUAAUACGCAGUUUCUCAGUUGUAAGUAUAGCAGAAAGUUUUGAAAGCCCAGAGAAUGUGGCAUUCAUAGAACAAAUUUCCUCUGAACCAAACAUCACAGAACUGGACUUAGAGCAUGGUAUGUCAUUGAUGGACUUUCCAAGUUCACUAACAGUUUGGGAUAGUGGUUUAGCUUCAACAAGUGAAGACUCUAAUGAAAAACUUUCAGGAGUAGAUGUGUCGAAGUCUAAAUCUUUUGUGAGGCACAUAUUUUUACAUGCAUUUCCUUCAGAUUCUUUAGAGUCUGGCAUAGUCCGUGUUAUAGAAUUAGAUAAAGACGACUAUCACAGUUCCUGGCUAGAUACUGAGACCAAUCUGUCUGAAGAAAAACCUACAAUGAUGGAAGAAAGCUGGAACUUACCACUGAAGAAUUCAAAAAACCAGUUCCUACAGGAUAAAGACGAUUUACCUCAGACAGAGAAAUUAUAUAGAGAAAAGAAUUUUGAAGAAAAAGAUCUCAAUUCUGUUUUGGAAAGUGCAAGUAAUUACAUCAUGCAUAAACUUAGUGAUGCAGAUAGAACCCGUUUAAAAUCUUUCGCAAACAAUGUCUUUAAAAAUCUUUCCACAGAGAACAUCCCAGAGCCAAAGAUAGAAAAAGAAAGACAAAAAUAUUUUAUUCCAGGUGGUGAAAAAGACUUGGAAGAAUUAGAUGCUCACUCAGUAAAGGGCAUGAGUAAAUCAGAUGAUUUAAAUGUAAAACAUGCUGCAACCCCUAAGCGUAGCAGUUUUGAAGAGUUUCUAUCAGGAUCAGAAGCAGGCCAUCUAAGUUCUGAUUUAGGCAAACACAUUCAGAAUUUUCUGGUAGAAAAUCUUUCAGAAUCGGGAAAAUUCUCCAAGGGGGAUUUACCAAAACUCUUUGAGAACUUUUAUUUGGUAAACAAUAAAAAAAAAUCACCAACUUCUAUGAAAACUGAACAGCUUCCUAAAGGACAAAAUAAUUUAAAAGAUUUUCCAGAAACUUUCCCCAAAAGCAUGCCUCCUAUGAAUAAUUCAAAUCGCCCUCUAUCUGGUGACAAACAUUUAGAAAUAAGAUUAAGAGCUCUUUUAAAUGAAAUCCUUGAACAAUAUAUACUAACCAACUAUGCAGAAACCAAAUUAACCAGCGAAAGAGAGUCUGACACAAAAGACCCAAACUUGCCUCCACAUAGAACUAAAACUGUCCCACCAUUUUCAUAUGAAGUAAGACAUGAUUAUCCAGAAAGGAAUUUUUCUGGAGACAGUGACAUAAACAGAGAUCUAACUCAAACCAUACAAGAUCUUUUAUUUAUUAUCUCAGAAAAUGAACUAUUAAAUCUAAAAUCUGAUUUAAGCAAACAUCUUCAAAGUCUUUUCAUAGAAAGACUAUCAAAUAUGGGACUAAUCACAGAAAAAGAAUUUCAUACUCUCAAUGAAAACCUGUCUUUGAUUAAUUCUAGCGACAGACCAUUAAAAUUUUUAAGCUCAGAUCUGAGAGGCCUGAAUCAAUUUCUAGAAAGGCCUUCUGAAAAGCAAAGUUACAAAACUUUUCCAAGAAAUAUGUCACAAGAUGAUGAAAAGAUUUCAAAUAUAGAACUAGCCAGAAAGUUGGAAAGGGAAUAUAUUGCAUUGCAUAAUAUUAAAAGAAGGUCAGUGUUGAGAGAUGAUGAAAGGCAAUACCCCAGAGAAAGAGUUGGAAAACAAGGUCUAACAGGAGUAAAAGCUUCAAGAAAAAGUAGCCAAGAGUUCCUACUUAACACUUCAGAAAGAAUAACAAAAUUAGUGUUAAGAAGAGAACAAAAAGAUCACAAUGUAAUGCAGUUGCCACAAGUAGAGAAAACUGGUUUUGAAGAGGAUUUCCAAGACCUACAUGGCUGGUAUAAUAAACCCAAAACAAACCAUUCAAAAGCUACUUUGAAAAUCAAGCCUCUGGAAAAAAAAGAAAAUUACAACAUAUAUAAAGUAACUGUCAAGGAAAAACCUGAGUCAGUAGUCAUACCAGGUGUUCAGAAUUCUGAAGUCCAACCAGAAAUUAAAGAAUAUUUAUACAAAUACAAGUUGCCCUCAUCAGGUAACGCCUAUGCUUAUUUAAAUUCCGAAGAUGAGGAAGAAUCAAAUUUGAAAGAUUAUUGUUAUGGGAAGUCCAAAGAGAACAACAAAAAGAAGCCACUAUUAACAGUUACACAGUUCCAGAAAGAAUUACAAACUGUUUAUGUUAAGCCAAAAGAAACUACUACUGAAAAAUGUUCACCAACCCCACAAUCCUUUGACCAUAGUAGAGUUGUAGAAUUUAACAAUUCAAAACCAUCUAUAUUCCCAGAAGUCUUAAAAACAGAAAGUUUAAAACCUAAAAAUCGACGAGAAAGAGAGUAUGUUGAGAAACAAAAACGACCCCUUUACAGGACAGCUAAGAUAUUGGCAGCCUCACAACCUACCACAAGACUACUUCUAAGGAAAUCUCCACAAAGGACACUGCUGUUUCCUUGGACUGGAAAGAGAAAUAUACAUGACUCUUCAGAAAACAAAAAGGAAGAUAUACAUUUGACCUCAUUUAAGCAUCUUGAAAAAGCAAAAGCAAGAGCAAGGUUUGAUUUGGGUAAAAGCCCGGAAGAUAACCAAUACACAUUAAAAAAUCUUGCAAGACCAAAUACUGCUCCUGAGUUUAACAAACGAUUGAAAGAAAACUUUGGGAAAUUUACAUCCCCACGGGUGGUUUCAGCAGGCUUAUUUCAUUUAAAUGUUACAAACCCAAGUCUAGAGGAAUAUAAUCAGAAAAAAGACCUAAAAGAUCUUGAAAAAUGUUCAAUCAUUUGUGAUAUUCUACAGUUGUUAAACAGUUCGUAUGUGAAACGCAAGUAUGAGGAUGAUUAUUAAGUACAUGAAUCUCCUACUAAUGAAAUGUGUAUAGGUCAGUCCUCUUAUUUAGCAGCUCACUACAAAAUUUCAUCUUGUUAGAGUCAUUGUUUUCACUGAAAUACAAAUAAACAUUUAUGAUGCAUA